AUGGCUAAAUGCAUCAAGGAGGUCAGAAUCGUGGGUACAUACGGGACCCAUUAUGGUGCCUCCCUCAGGAAAAUGGUGAAGAGAAUUGAAAUCAGCCAGCACACCGAGUACACUUGCUCCUUCCGUAGCAAAACCAAGAUGAAGAGACGAGCUGUGGGCAUUUGGCACCGUGCCUCCUGCAUGAAAACGGUAGCUGGUGGUGCCUGGACCUACAACACCACUCCUGCUGUCACAGUAAAGUCUGCCAUCAGAAGACUGAAGGAAUUGAAGGACACCCACUCGCAGCCCCCAGGCCCCACUCGGGGCAGGAAUCCGACACACGGGGCGAGCUAUGCUGCUGCUUCCAUCCGUACGGGUGGAAGGCCGGGGGUGCAGUGGGCCUUCAACCCGCCGGGACCUGCCCCGGGCUUCCGAGCCGACCGCCCUCCCACCCUCACCCGCAUUCACCUCCCUCCCCGCAGCGCAGAGGAGGCGUGGCCCGCAGAUUGA